CGCUGGCAUGUUUUCGUAAACCGAUCCAGAUUUUCCGGAAAACUUUGCGAUCGCCCAUUGAAUUGUUCCGCAAAGUUUCGAUGGUCGCUGGCCAGAUGUAAUCGGCGGUGCGAUUUCUUCAUGUUUUCGUUCUUUUAUUUUUCUGAUCGGUUUCCAUUGCAUGAAUCCGUUCGUUGUUCGCGACCCACCGCGUUAACACCAGACAAUAAACACGAAGUUCUACGAAGUGUUUGAAAUUAAAAGAUGCUCCUCCGACAGAAUUGAUGAUGGCAAAAAGUUCAUCGUUGUACAGACUGGAGGUGAUGGAGAGACCAGCUCUAUAACGGAAGGGUUGCGUUCGGCCCUUGCCCGACUGCGACAAAGAUCAGCCCCCGCAAAUCAAACUUCCCCAUUGCACCGUCCCCAGCCGAACGUCGACGACGAAAAUAUCGCCGGCGCUGGCGGAAGCAACUCCCCACUGAUCUCCUCCAACCAUCACUGCCCCUCCAGCCCGCGCCCCAAGAUGACCGUCAAUUCGCAGUCGGGCCCCCCAAAGUCCCCCCGACCUCCUGAUGACCUCAUUGCUACUGCCGCCUCCGCUUUGCGCCGCCUCCACUUCAAAACGGGCAGGAACGCCACCAAGACCAGCUCCAAACCUCAACCGAGCCAGCCAGUUCCCAAAGUGAUAGUGAUGGGAUCGAGUACGGCCUCAGAAGCCACCAUCAACACGUCCACAGACAGUUCGAACACAAUUGUUACCACAGUGACUGCGACCGAUGGAGAACUGACCGAAGGAAGCCUGGAUACAGCCGAACAAGUCGACUACUUUUCUUCCGAGAAUAUUCUGGACGCCCGCUCGAUUGCGGUGCUACAGCCAAUCCCCGCUAGUCCCAAAACGCCAGCUACAGCCCGACAAGUUACUCCUCCCGCCUGUAGAAAUCAAACUAAGUUCACUUUCGAUGAUGUGGAAUCUUCUAAAGGAGAAAAGACGCCCAAGGCGAUCGCGCUAAUCCAUAGCCAGCAGUUCAAUUUCGAAACAGCCGCGAUCCCAAUGGAAACGGAACCGACGCCUCCAUUGGAGGAGAAAACGAUGGAGAAACUGAUGGACGAGCAUAUUAACAAGAUCAAAACGGACGCGCUGCGUAGGAACAGCCACAAACAGAGCACACAGAACUACGAGCAAUUGGAUAUCGAGAGCGACAGCAAACUGUAUAAUAGGGGGAAGCGAAACAGCGAUGUGGGCGGCGUGAUGAGCGACAGUAAGCUGAACAGUCAGCGCCAGCGGGAGAAUCGCCGCAGCUUCAGAAGAAAACUGGACGUGAAGGAAGAGAAGACGGAAAGGACGUCGCCUAAGAGGCGAGUCGAGAGGGGGCCGAGCUCGUCCCCUGAGAAUGAGACUGAGUCGCCUCGACCAAAGCAAAGGCACAAAAAGGCGGCACGCAGAAACACGUCAACGGGCAGUACAAAGUCGCGCACUACCGAAAAAUUUGUGUACGACCAAAAGCACGUUGCCAAAUUUCGAACCAAUCCCGGGACCAGUCAAUCUCACGUGACGCCACCAUUGCCUGAUCUACGUGUUGAUUUUUUCAACGAAUCGUUGGACCGACGCCGCAGCAGCAUCCUAGACUCGUUGACGACGCCGACGCUGGGCGCCGCAUUGGAAAAACGGGGCAGCGUGUGCUUAAACAAAUGCCUUAGAGAGGUGGGGGCGCAGCUGGACGCCUCCAAUCCAUCGGCUACUUCUCCAAUAAAUGUCACAACCAAUCCGUUGGAGAAUCCGUUGCAUUUCGGCCGGAAAGCUCCCCAAGCAACAAUCGUGGUGCAACAAGCUUCGCUAUCGCUUGAUCACGCCAACAUCACAUCGACGAUUUUGCUCAAGAACGGGAACGAUUUUCUGGGAAACGUGCAUACCGUUCAGGAGGCAAAUGCGGCUAAACUUGCUGCCUUGAAGAGCCAAAAAGAGGAGAAUAUGAAGCAGCUGUUGGACGUCGCGAAUAACUUAACUCUAGAGGAGAUUCACGAUUUUGAAAUGAGAUACGGAAGUCCUCAUCAUAACCGGUCGCAAUCGGUGAAAACUCCGGGCCGAUCCUCCGGAAGGCCGAAUUAUCUUUGUCUGCCGCAGCAGCGCUCCCGUGUGGCUUCCAUGCCCAACACCGGCGUUGAGGAGGAAUAUUACCGGUUGAGGCAUUUUUCCAUUACGGGAAAGGGAAUUGUCAACAGGGGCGACAGCCUCAAAAGCCGAAGAUCCAGGUCGAAUAAUUCGGUCGCUUCCAGUAAUUCCAGUACGGAGCAACUUCCAGGACCAACUUCCGCUGCAGGGUCAGCUCGCACUUCCGCUUCCUGCAGUUUGGCUUCUUCCAGGGAAAGUUCCACAUCAGCACCCGGACCGACACCAUUUCGGGUGCUGAUGUUGGGUGGGCCUGCGGUAGGCAAAUCGUCUUUGGUGUCGCAAUUUAUGACCAGCGAGUAUCUGCAUGCUUAUGACACCAGCAUAGAUGACGAAAGUGGGGAGAAGUCGGUGUCCGUUCUAUUAGCUGGAGAGGAAUCCGAACUGACAUUCAUCGAUUUUGCCACCAUGGAUUUGUCGCCGGAUUCGCUGAUAAAAAAAUACAAUGAUCCGCAUGCAUACGCAGUGGUGUACAGCUGCGCAGAUCGAGCCAGUUUUGACUGCGCGGAAAAAAUCCUGCAAAACCUGUGGACGCUGGACACUAUUGGCACAAAGGCUGUAAUUUUGGUAUCUAAUAAGGCUGAUUUGGUGCGUUCGAGAAUGGUGACCACCGAAGAAGGUAAAUCGAUGGCAACAGCGUACGACUGCAAAUACAUAGAGACAUCUGUGGGCAUCAAUCACAACGUCGAUGAACUAUUGGUGGGAAUUUUGACGCAAAUUCGACUGAAGCUCGAAAAUCCCGAGAGAUCGCGAGACUUGUUCCGGAAGCGCAGCUCUUCGAAGAAGAACCUGCACCGGAACCGAUCACCGGCUUCCGGUGCCGCUACUCCCACCACCGGAAGUGCACAAAACUCGCCAAAAAAAUACCGAGGUAGUCGGACAUCGGCCAGCUUGAAAGUGCGCAGUUUAUUAGGGAAAGUUUGGGCUCGAGAUAGUAAAUCAAAAUCGUGCGAAAAUCUCCACGUCUUGUAAAAUCAAACCCGUUUGUUUUCCUCAAGUCGCUAUUUUAGGUUUCGAGUUCCUUAUUGCUAUAGUCUUUUAUACUUAGUGUAAGUUAGUUAAUUGCAGUCAGUUUUCCCUACCAGAUAAUAUUUUAUAAUCCAGUAAAAAUGAUCGGAAACCAUUAAGAAAUUAGCAAAGUGGUUGUUAACGACAAUCAUUUUUGUUCCUUCCGCAAUUUAGAUAGUGGUUUCUAUAUAAUUCUUACAACCACAAAGCUAAUAUAUUUUUACUUAAUUUACCUACAAAUCUUGUCCAAAACAACUUAAAAAAAUUCAUAUUGAAUAAUUCGUCGGGUCAUUUUUCUAGUGUUUCUCGUGUUUUUUCACUUAACCUUUGGACGAUCAUGAGACCAUCUAAAACACCAAUUUGAAAAAUAAUAUUUUUUUAACUAACUAAAAUGAAUGGCAAAAUCGAUUACAACUGUUUGGUGAUUUCGUUUAGCGAGUAUUGUAGAUGAUAGUGUAAAAAUACUAGACCUGCUAAGGUGUUUGUAAAAACUGGUUCCUUUCAAUCGGCAUGAAGCCGGGAGGAAGUGUAAUUAUUUAAAUAAUAGCCAACAAACACUUUAGCAGACAUUUGAAAAUAUUACAAAUAAAUUAAGUAUCAGGAUGAAUACGCUUAAACUUCACCAGUUUUUAUAUAUCAGAAAACAGGGUGUUCCAAAUAUUUUACAAUUUAGAUUAGGCAAUGAUUAUUAAUAAUUAAGAGAAUUAAGAAGCUGUUUUAUUGUUACUAGUUGAAUGUGCGUGUUUUACUAUUAGUUGAUAUUGUCGACUUGUUUGCGUUUAUCCAUAAGAGUUGCCAAAUAUAUUUUCACAUAAUUUUAUAGA